GUAUUUUGCACCUCGCUCUUGCUUGCCGCGUACCUCGGCUUCUCGCUGAUUGCGUUGGGCCACGACAAGGCCAUCCACUUCGUCACGUUCUUCAUUUUGACCGCGGAGUUCUACUUCCUCUGGGAGACGCACCGGCCUUGGAAGCUCACCGUGGCGACCAUGACGCUUGGCGCAGGCGUGCUGCUGGAGUAUGUGCAGACCAUCGUCAACCCAAAUCGCACGUUCGACUACGUGGACAUCGUCUAUAAUGUCCACGGGAGCUUGUUGGCCGUGGCCGGGUGCUGUCUCCUG